CAAUGUCAUUCGUUCGUCGAAGCCCCGAGAGAAACGAUGGAUUUCACCCACAAACGGGUCUAUCAGAUUUUGUCAGCGAUCCUAGACCCGUUGACGAGAGAAUCAGACGAAAACGAAGAGGAUGAAACUUAACGCUGAAGUACCGAUACGUGCCUCCCAAAAUUGAUUAAAAAUAUUCUGUGACCGUGGAAAAAGUUCAUGUGCGCUCUUAGCCCUUUAUUUCUGUCGGAUUAGCUUGGAUUAGUAUCCGCGAAAGUUAUUAUGAAAUCGUCUACGUUUAAUAGAUCGCGAUCGGAAAAUGAUUUUUCUUCCGUAAAACUGCACGGACUCGACGACCUGUUAUGCAGGAAACGAAUGAAAUUGUCCAAGACAUCGUUUCGAUUGUACGAUGUCGAAGACUGUCUGAAGACCAGUGAGAACGAAUUGGAGGAGGAGAAGACGAAUUAUUUUCCAAACUGCGACGCGUCUGUCUGGUUGAGAUCUUGCAAGAAGGAAGUGAUCGAACCCAUAAUUGGCGAAGUGAUAGGGAAGAUACCAAGUUGGCUGAAAGGAACUUUGUUGAGGAACGGACCGGGUAGCUUGCAAGUCGGAGAAUACAGCUUCAAUCACCUGUUUGAUAGCUCAGCUUUAUUGCACCGAUUCGCAAUUGCUAAUGGGAAAGUGACGUACCAAUGCAGAUUCGUUCAGACAGACGUGUACAAGAAGAACAAUGCUGCCCAAAGGAUAGUGGUUACUGAAUUUGGCACGAAAGCAGUACCAGACCCUUGCAGAAGUAUUUUCCAAAGGGUCGCGGCGGUAUUCAAACCUGAAGAUGACUCUGACAAUUCUAUGAUAUCUGUAUACCCCUUUGGUGAUGAGUAUUACACAUUUGCGGAAACGGCUGUGAUUCAUCGUAUCGAUCCAAAAACUUUGGAAACUACAGGCAAGGUAAACGUGUCAGAUUACGUUGGAAUUGUGAACCAUACGUCUCACCCUCACGUAAUGAACGAUGGCACCGUUUAUAAUUUGGGACUGAGCGUGACGCCAAGAGGACCUCUAUACAAUGUCGUAUGCUUUUCACCCAAUCAAAUGAUCAUUGACGAUUCAGGAGAGGAGAAGGAAUUAUCUAUGUUCGACCAAGCCAUCAUCGUCGCCAGUAUCCCAUCUCGAUGGUUACUGAAUCCUUCUUACAUGCACACCUUUGGUAUCACUGAAAACUAUUUCAUUAUCAUAGAACAACCAUUAGCAGUGUCUCUGGCCACCGUUGUAUCCUGCAAAAUGAAACAACAACCAAUGCGAGCAGCUUUGAAGUGGUACGAGAAGGAGAACGUAAGUCAAACUCUCAUACACGUGGUUUCGAGAGAUACCGGAUUGCUGGAGAGGACGUUUAUUUCAGAGGCGUUCUUUUAUCUCCAUAUCAUCAAUCAAUUCGAAACACGUGAUCGUGAUUACGUGGUACUGGACGUCUGCUGCUAUCGCGAUGCCAAGAUGUUAGAUUGUCUAUUUGUCGAUGCAAUGAAGAAUUUGCACAAGAACCCUGACUAUGCCAAAAUGUUUCGAGGCAGGCCUUUGAGAUUCGUAUUACCGAUGAAACGUCCACAGUUGGAUGUACCAUUGGAAUAUAAUUUGAUUACCGCAAAAACGGUGAACCAAGGUCUGGAGUCUUUCCAAGGCGACUCUGUCAGAUGUCAAAGUAAAUCUAGUUCAGAGUUCGUUGAAAUGUCGACAAAUGACGAGGAGGCUAACAAGGGCAAAAAGAAUGAUUAUAAGAAUAUUCUUCAACGAAAAGCAACCGCUCAUAAGCUCGCCAAUGGUAGUAUCUUUGUAAAACCAGAACUUCUUUGCGAUCUGGGCUGUGAAACGCCACGUCUUAAUUACGACUCCUGUCUUGGAAGAGAGUAUCGGUACUUUUAUGCUAUUUCUAGUGACGUGGACUUGGAUAAUCCCGGAACGAUCAUCAAGGUAGAUAUCUUGGAAAAAACAAGGAAAACUUGGUGCGAAAAAAACGUUUAUCCAAGUGAACCGAUUUUUGUACCGGAUCCUAAUGGCAAGAACGAGGACGAUGGCGUGGUUCUCAGUUCUAUUGUGUGGUCUGAUAAAGAGACACGCGUUGGAUUGCUGAUUCUAGACAGCGUGACUCUUACAGAAAUCGCAAGAGCCAUCUUCGAUACUCCUGGCCCCGUGCCAAAAUGCUUACAUGGUUGGUUUACCUUGGACAAGUAAAAUAAACUGAGGUUUUCAAGAGAUGGAUAUCGGAUCUUUGACUCAUUGAUGGAAAUGAUUUGGACGUUAUGUGACAUGUAUUAUAUCAAACAGUUGAUAUAUCUUUGUCACAUCAUAUUUAUAUUUUUCAGUUAUUUCCAUUUUGUUGGCUUGAUUAUUGCUUUAUUAGUAGCUUCGGAAUUAGAAUGUUCCCUUUGAAAACUGCAAACUGCGAUAUUAAGAAGAAUAUCAACUGCACAACAUGUAUAUAAUAUAAUAAAUUAUUUAAUGUCUUCUCCCGA